AAUGAAAGGCUUUUAGGCCACGCACGCAGUCACUAAUGACCCACGCAUCGAUUUGCAUAUGGACUAUUCAUACAUGGUAUAUGGCACGAUUGACCAAAUUUCAGUCUAAAUAUUGGCUUCGAAUCGGAUGCUAACGUUCUGAUUGGAAAUAAUACUCCGAGCCGUGGCGGCAAGCGAUGUUCCUGAAACGGAAAUGCCGCAAUCGAAACGCCAUCCGGAGACGAGGAGGCAGAUGCAGUGGCAGAGCCAGAGGCAGCGUGGCCUCCAGACCCUGGUCAUCUUCCGGCGCAGCCUCAUCUACCAGACGAAGGAGUUCUUCCAGAACUCGACGCUCCACGGAGUGCGCUAUAUCGCGGAAACGGGCCGUCCCAUCGGCGAGAAGUUCAUGUGGUUCUGUUUCACAUCGAUCGGAGCGGUCACUGCGCUGGUCAUCAUCAUGAGCCUCUGGGAGAAGUUCCAGACCAAUCCGACCAUCACGGGCCUGGACACGGACUUUCACAACCAGAACGUGGUCUUCCCCACCACCGUCGUCUGUCCGGAGGAGGCCUUCGACGACGACAAGUCCUAUCAGGCGGUUCUCAAGACACUGGCCAACUACGACGAGGCGCAGGCUCAAAUGUACAGUCCGUUCCUGCGGCUGCUGACCUCCUUGAACUUCGAGAACAUCCGCGACGCCAAGGUCCUGUCGCAGUCGAUUCCGCCGAACCUGCUGGAGGCGAACACCAUCCGGCAGUGGGCCUUCGAGGGUCCCAUCAGCUGCGAGAGCACCUUCGUGUCCUGCAAGUAUCGCGACGAGGAGAUACCCUGCUGCGACCACUUCGAGCCCAUCUACACGGAGCACGGAUUCUGCUAUGCCUUCAACAGCCGGUUCAAGUCCACGCCCACCGAAGACGUCAAGACCGGAGCACCUCAUGAUCUGUACGAAACCGACAAGAAGUGGGCGCUUUUCUUUGUCCCUAACAGCACUUCGAGGAUCUUCAUCUUCUCCAACGAGGAAUACUUUGGAUCGGACUUCAAUGCGCAGAUCGAUUGGUCGGAGACUCAGCUGGUGGAGGUGAGAAUCUCCAAAAAGAAUACCUACACUACGGACGAUGCCCGCCAGCUAUCGAUUGGCCAGAGAAAGUGCAUCUUUAGCGACGAGGUGAAGCUCAAAUAUUUUCCCGAUGCGUACACUUUCUCGUCCUGCAUGAAGCAGUGCCGCAUGAACAAGGCCAUCAAGCUCUGCAAAUGUAAUCCGCCCUUUUACAAGCCCAUAGCUAAUGUGCCCAUGUGCAUGGUCAAGGAUUUCGAUUGCUUAGAUGAGUUCAAGGCGAAUAUCACCAACAUCAAGGACUGUCUGCAGUGCGAGCUGAGCUGCUCGAAGACUGUCUUCAACAUUGACAAACUCAUUAAAAUAGUGGACCGACCAGAGAGCACAGGUGUGCUGGUGGAGUUUCUCACCUGGCCGAUCAUCCGCUACAAACGUGAGGUCCUUUUCGGCUGGGUGGAUCUGCUGGUGUCGUUCGGCGGAAUUGCCAGUCUUUUUCUCGGAUUUUCACUGCUGUCAGGGGUGGAGAUAAUAUACUAUUUCACCCUGAGAGCCUGCUGCAUGGUCUAUAAAAAUCGGCAAGAGCUGUACGAGAUCGAGGAGCGAAUCCGUCAGGAGCCACCACCCUUAAUAGAUUUGGGAUUGAGUUUGAAAUCCCACUCGAGGCCAUGUGUUGGGGAUGCUCCUACUUCGGCGGUGCUGAAGGUCAGACCAGCGGUGGAAACUGCAACGAAUCAUCAGAGAAAAAACGAAAAGGACUAUUCGAUCAACACAAAAAACUAUUAUAAUACACCUAAAGUUUGGCCCGACCAUGGGUAUGCAAGUAAUACAAAAAAUCCCUGGACAACGUACGACCAUUCGCAAUAUAUGCCCUAAAUCGAAAUCAUCGGAUCAAUAAACUAAAAUUUUUAUAAAUACAAAUAAUAAAUUGCGGCUAACGCUGAAAAUGUGUAGAUGCCAUAAAACAAAUUAUUCAAAUUAAAAUGAAAAACUUAAACAAAAGAAAAUUAAAUAUAUAGAAUAAAUAAAAGUGGAGAGGAGGCUUCUCUUCGAUAAUGCAAACGAUAUAUUUUAUAUCCAAAAACAUUUGAAAAAAUAUUUUAAACCUAUGUAUAGUUGGGCUUAAAAUAAUGUUGUUGUAAAAAAAUUAAUUCUUGCUAAUGAAAAUAGUACCGUAUAAAUUUCAUAACAUUUACUAUAACAUCCCUAACCUUUGGAUUUAAUUCAUUCCUGAAAAUGUCUCAUAACUUCAUGAGUAAACAAAAAAAAUAAAUGAGUUUUUGGAAUUAUAGUGUUAAUUUAAGCCCAGCUGUACUGAAAGUAAAUAACAAAUAAACAUUUAACCGUCGAAGAAUAUAUUUAGCUUCCCAUGCACCAGCCGCUGCGGAAAGUGAAUACUCGUAUCUUGUAGUUUAUUUAUAUAUUUUUUUCAAUUUAUUAAAAACAAUGUAUUACACACAUAUGUAUA